GUGCCCACUGUUGACUUGACAACCCUGCUCGCGAAUGCAACUCUGCUAAAGCGUCGCGUUGUAAUUUUUGUUGAGUUUUUUAAACUAAUUUUAAUUUGCAUUUGCGUGUCUUACUAAUUAGAAAUGUGUUAAGUGUUCCGUUCCACAUCCGCGAAACAAGCCGAAUAGAUUCGAGAAUGAGUGCCUCCACCAUCGACAGUGUGCGGGUGUUGCUGCAGUCGCUGCCAGCUGCCGCCGCAAACAGCGGCUCUCAGCCGGGCGAUCAGCAGACGCCGGCAAAGAUUGCGCCUUUAGGUACGCCACUGCGCGCCAGGAAUCCCAGCCAGCUCCAGUUGCUCCCGGAGAAGGUCGAGGAGAAGCCAGUGUCGCCUCCGGAGGAGUUUUGGAGGGAUCUGCAGCAGUUUCACGAGCGACGGGGCACUCCACUGACGCAGCCGGCCAGGAUCAGCGGCAAACAGGUCGACCUCUACAAGCUGUACAACGAGGUCACCGAACGCGGCGGCUUUAAUAAGGUUAACAUGCGGGACGAGUGGGACGAGGUGUACAGCGCUAUGGAGACGCUGCGUGAGCGCUGUGUGAAUGGCACGGCGGGCAUCAAGCACAUCUACAGACGCUAUCUGGACAAGUACGAGCGCCUGAACUUCUUUGGCGAGGAUCCGGACAAGAUGGAGGCUCUGGAGGCGGCCAUCGAGAACGCGGAAAUGGGCGGAGGGCGGUCGCGGUCUCGGUUUUUGGCCGGUGCAGGCGGUGGCCUGGGCAGCAUAUUUGGCUCGGCGCACUCCACGCUGCCGGCGGUGCCGAUGGCAUACAACCAGCGCCAGCACUCGGUCAACGUGGAGCGGCGACGGCAGUACAAGAUGUCCACGCAGCUGCACCGCCACAGCAGCUACGAGAAGCUCCUGUUGUCCCUCCUGUCCCCGCUGCCCAAUGAGCAGGACUUUGCCAUUAAUGUGUGCACCCUGAUGGCCAACGAGGUGCGCCACACGCUGCAGCUGUCUGAGUGCCCCAAACUGCUGGACGUGCUGUUGGCCCACCUGGGCGUCUACGCCGACUUUACCAUGCGCCAACUGUUCCAGCACAGCUAUGCCGAAGUGCGACAUCAUUCGCAGCUCAGCUUUUGGCGCGACCUACUGCACGACAGGCCACAGAUCCUAGAGCUCUACACGGAUGAGCAGGCCUGGCUGGAUAACGGCCUGAUAAGCAAGGAGGACAGGGAGAACUCUGCCGCUCGCAGUGAACUGCUGGCGGCCUGCGACGAGUUGGACUUUCUUAACCUACGCCGCAGCAACGGGACAGAUGAGCGCAUGGGGCAGCGUGUGCUCCAGAUUGUCCAGCUUAUGCGAGCACUAAGUUUCCACCAGGAGAACCACGCCCUCCUGGCCUCCAACCGCACGUUGUGGCGAUACCUGGUGAUGGGCGCGAACGUUCGAUGGAGCAACAUCCAUAUUCAGGCCUUGGAGACGGCCGGCAACCUGGCUCAUCAGUUUGAACUGCUCGAUCCAACUACUGACGAGCUGUCGCGGAAUCUGCUGGCCACCCUCUGCGAGGGUGUUGACUCCAACGACCGGGCCGUGAUCAUAAGCUGUCUGGAGAUCCUUUACAAGCUCUGCGGCCGGGAGGGCAACUCUCAGCACAUCAACCGUUGCCUUGGCUUGGAUUUUUACCAGCGCGCCAUGCUGCUGCUCUCGCUCACGGACGUAAUGCUUCUCAUCUUUACCCUGGAGGCAGUAUACGCGCUUAGUUCGCUGGGCGCACGUCCCUGUUCGAUGCUGAUGCAAGUGCGGGGCCUAAUGGACCAGCUGGUGGCCCUGAUCACCGUGGAGGCGCAGACGUAUGGCGCGGAUGGCUGCAUACUCAUGCGGGUGGUGGAGGUUGUGCCUGGCAAUAUGAUCGCCUCGCUGGCUCAGAACAUGCCCGCCAUGCAGGCUCCCGCGGCGGCAGCUUCUAUCACGACACUUCCAUCGUCCCUUCAGGUGGCCGUGAAGCCGCCAGCAGUUUUGCCCACGCCCACGCCCGCCCAGACACAGGUGCUCCUGCCACAGGGGGAACAGCAGGCCUUGGUAACGGUUCCGAUUCCCGGACUACCAGUGCCCAGUCUGCCACAAGUUCAUUUACCCGUACCCAGUCUGCCGCAGGUUCAAUUGCCACCGAUCGCAGCCACCGUGACCCUUCCAACGCUGCCCACCGUCUCACAGAGUUUCACCCACGAAGACGAACAAUACGCGCUGGCCUGGUUGGGAGCUACCUACGAGCGGGCGGGAAUGAGCAACGACCUACGCGUGGAACAGGCGGAGCUAUACAGAAUCUACCUCUCUCAUUGCCAGAAGGCGGGCAAGCUUUCGGUGGUCAAUCACAUGCAGUUCCCACGUCUGGUUCGGCUUAUAUUCAACCAAACGGUGGGGCCGGUGAUUGUUCGACAGCUUGAUGGCACGGAGCUACCCGGGACGUACUAUGUCGGCAUUCGGAUGCGAGCUCAGCCGCUGGCUAUGCAACAGAGGACCGCUCCCAACAUUGUUCCUGCCAAAAAGGAGACUCCGAUUUUGCCCAAGCCGCCGCCAAGUGAUCCCGCACCGUCGGAGGUGGUGGCUGAGGAAAGGGUACCUUCUUCUGUCACACCACCACCCAGCUCCUCGCUGAUUAAAAGCCUCCUGGCCAAUAAGGUCACUGAGCGCCAGCAGAAGCAAAAGGCCCAGGCUCAGACGCCGCAGCCGCCAGCCCUGGUGGCCACCACUGCGUCGUCCACAAAUGCCACGCAACCCAUUAAGGUGACUUCGACGGCUAUCAGCGCCUUUGUGAAUAACCCGCUGAUGCAGCACACACCGGUGAAGGUGGGCCAGACCACCAUUAAGCCGCUGCACCCCCAGAUGGCCAUCGAAAAGAAGCCAAUCACGGACUCCGCUCCGCCACCCCUCGCCCCGCUGAGUGGGGCAAACGUGGUGACCAAGGACGCCAGCGGGCGCACCCUCAUCAUCGCAGCGGCCGCUGCCAAACGCAAAUUAACCAUCGACGAGGAACAAAACAAGCGUCUGGCUUUGGAUGCCGCCGCCAGCAGCUCUAGCUCAACUUCAUCUUCAGCCGGCAAGGAGGAGGCACAGGUGACGCCCUCGAAGAACGCUGCCAACCUCUAUGCGGAUCUGGCGGCUUCUAUUCUGGAGGAUGAGGACAUGGACGACGUUCCUCCGCUAGCCAAAUCGAGUCAGGAGCAACCCCAGCAGCAGUCCCAGCAACAGCAGCAGCAGCAGCUCCAACUAAUUCCGGCCAAAGUGCAGCCCGCCCAGCGACAGCUGGUCUUUCCCGGUAGCGGUAUCGUUUCUCCAGCUCCGCCUCCGCAACUCAAACUGGCCACCACUGCCACCAUCAAGACGGAUCAGGGCCUGCAAACGGUGCCGGUGAUACUGCAGCCCAAGAGCACGAUGGAGGCAACGCCAGCGCCGCAGACACAGUAUGUACUGGCCACCAAUCAGCAAGGCCAAACGUAUCUGGUGGCCCAGCAAACGCAGCCAUCGCUUCCACCGUCCACCCAGUCAGCUCCUCCCACGCUGCUGGUUACGCAAACGCCACAACAACAGACCAAGACCAUAAUCAUCCUGCAGCAGCCAGGAGGUGUCUCCGCCGCCAGUGUGACGGGCACGCAGAAAAUGAUAAUGACGACAGCGCAGGGCCAGCAGGUCUUGGUCACCACCACCACAGCUCCCCAACUGGCCCAGCCACGUACUGCCACGCCCCAGCAGCAAAUCUUUAUCGCCCCCCAGCGACCGGUGCCGGCGUUGGGCGCUGGUCAAAUGUCUCCCUCGUUGCUGUCGCAGCUAAACCAGAUCCCGGCCACCAUCAAGCUGCACCAGCCGCAACCACAGCCCCAGCUCGUCUCGCCGCAAUUGGCACCCCAGCAGCGCCUGGUGGCCACUAAGGCAGGCGCUUCAUUGCCCAUUCCGCAGCUCCAACAGCACCAGUCCAUCAUCCAGCAGCACAUAAUCUCCGGCCCAUCCACACCGACUACCGCUGGACCUGGACCUGGAGCUGGCCCGGUCGCGGGCGAAAAGAGGCAGGUGAUUCUAGGCGGCAUCAAGGAGACCACGCUCAUCACCCAGACCCCGGCCACGGCGGCUCCCCUACAGCAAAGCCAGCUCAAUUCGCAGACGAUCAUCACCACACAGCCGCCCAGUAGCACAGCUACCGUCGGUGGCGUGGCCCUUCAGCAGCAGCAGCACAUCCGAUCCGUGAUGGAGCAGCAGCAGCAACAUCAUCCUUCCAUCAUUCAACAAAAGAUCACCAUGCCAAUUUCCGAAGCGGCAAAGCCGAAAGUUGUGGCCGUUUCUGCAUCAGGAACUCCGACGAGCUCAGCACUCCUCGCUAAGAAGCCAUUGCAGCCGCAGCCUGCUCAAGCUUCAAGCGGAAAGCCAUCGGUUACCCAGGCUGUAGUAGUGACGCCGUCAAGUACCUGUGAUUCGGUAGAAGGGGGCAAAGCAAUUGUGGCAUCCAUUAGCGAGUCCAAGCCAGCAGAGCACCCGGUGGCGGCGGCUCAGGCGUCCGUUGCAUCAGCUGUGGUAACCACCGCUCCCAGCAGCAGUGGUUUGGUAGUCACCCAAAGCGUUUAUGCUGCACCUGCUCCGAAUGGCAGUCCAACGCCCUCCGCAGUGCCCGUGGACGCGAACUGGCUAUUCAUCUGCGACUGGCGCAACUGUCCUCGCAGGAAGUUCAAGUCUCUGAACGAGCUGAAGUACCACGUGUGCAAUGUCCACUGUCCGGAUCACCUGGACUCGGACGCCGAUAUCUACUGUCAAUGGGGCAGUGGACCCACCUUCUGCGACAACAGAGCGCGGAAGCGUUACUCACUAAUGACGCACCUGAUCGACCGCCACCUGACCAUGGAGAAUUUGCGCGCCAGUGUGCAAAGACGCUUGGCAACCGGCAUUCACAAUGUGGCGCCCACGCAGCCACCCGUCACCAUAGUGCGCAACGAGGGCCACGCCCAACGACUGGCGGGCAGCGCUUCUGGUCCAUCUGCGGGUCCUGCUCCUGCGGCUCCUGUUGUGGGCAGCGCAGCAAUGCAAGCCAUGAACCGGCACACGACCGAUUACACAAACUCCAAGGAGCUGUUGGACGAAAACGAGGGUCCAGUCACCAAGAGCAUCCGACUGACGGCGGCGCUCAUCAUACGCAACCUGGUCACCUACUCGGCCACAGCCAAGCGAACUUUAAAGCGCUAUGAGCCCCACCUGGCUAAUGUGGCCUUAAGCAAUGUGGAGGCCAGCGGAGUGCUUUCCCACAUCAUGUAUGAGCUUAGCCAGUAGCCAAUACAAGCUUCUGCCGCUGCCCAUCAAAACUAAUUAUUAAACUGACCUGUAAUAACGACACUAUAAAAUGUGAAGAAACUAACAAUACCUUAUUUGUCUAAAAAAAAUUUG